ACCGAACGCUCCAGGAGAGGGUGGAAAUGAAAUGAGCACCAACCGGAGAGAGCAAGAGCGCAGCAGCAGAAUGAAACAAACGUGGCGUCCCAUCGCCUUCGGUCUACCGUUGAUACUUGUUUUAUUCUCCAAGACAUGUUGUGCUGCAAAGACCAACCCUUGUCAGCAUUUGUAUCCCACCUUCAUACCAUACUCUUGCACAAAUGCAGCAUGCAAAUCCUGUCCGGUCGGUACCGGUGUCGCGAAAUUCUGUAACGGAAGAAAUGCAACAGUGUGCGAAGACUGUUCAUCCGGAGUAAGCUAUUCGAGCCGUUCUAAUCCGUACGAAUCGUGUCGGAGAGUCUCGAAGUGUCCAUCUGAUCAAAUUGUGUUCAAAAAUCCGACGGCUGCGAGCGACACACAAUGUCAAUGCCGCAGUGGAUACAGCCUAGAUAGCCUGGGAAUUUGUCAUCCUGAUGUUAUUCAACGUCCUUCGCCAACAUCACAACAUGAGCACACGACAACAGCAGAAACAUUGGAUACGACUUCUUAUCUCAGUGUGUCACCAACGGCAAGAACGACUAAGUCAACGGCACACAAAGUUUCUAAAAUUUCUGAUUCUGCGCGAGACUCAUUUACAAAUCUCUCUAAUUAUUCAUCGCACCCGAGUGAGGCAACCUCUGCACCCGGGUCGUCUUCAGUGCUCAUAAUCUCGGUCGUGGUUUCUAUUGUGAGCGUCAUAGGGCUAUUAGUCGCUCUAGUAGUUGUGGUCUACCGCAGACGUCAACGUUUUCCUAGAGUGCGUUGUUGCCUGGGCAGUACAGGUUUGCCGGAUAAAGACAAAGUUGAUGAAGAAAGUGAACUUCUGACUGGAGGAGAGCACAAUCAUGUGCAAGAUGAGCAAGCAGAUAAGAAGGAAACACGUCUGCCAAUUGAGGAGACAAAAGAAGAAAGUGAUCGUCCUGACGAUGCUCUCGCUGAUACAAGUCUUGUUACUAGCGAAUCAGAUAAGCCAGUGCCAAGUAAACCCUUUGCUGAAGUGCAGCAUUUUAGUCAACACAUGUUAAACGAACUUGCUAUUGUCAUGCAGGCGAGACCAGAAAAGUAUCCGUCUAGCCUCGAAGUGUUUGCAGAAGAAGUCGGAGUCGACGUACGCAAAGUGAAAAGCCGCGUGAGCACCUCUUCCGAUCCUGCACGCUUCAUUCUCGACGAACUGAUUGAAAUCAACCCUUGCUACCCUCUUUCCGACGUCUGCACGAAGUUCGGUAAAAGUGAUCGCCUAGACUGCGCACGAAAGCUUUACGAACUUACAGAGAACCGUCUUCAUCUGUCUGAUGAUCUUCAGCGGAUGCUUUUUCCGACAUCCGAUACAAGCACAAGCUUUCAAAAGUAUAAUACUGCAGCAGCAGUAGCAACUGAUGACAACAUUGAGAAACCUUCCGAGGAAUGGCUUGACUUCUUUAACUCUUCUAGUAGAGACAGUUAUACAGUAUCUGAAGUUGUGCAUGAGGACCACGACCAGAAAAUAAUUCGCUCUUCAUGAAGAUGAAAGUUCGAUGGAUAUGUCUACUCUGUGAGUUUCACAGAAAUUGCUCUAUGUACGAGUCUUUGUGUUGGCGUAAGCUGUAACUUUUAGACUACUUUUGUGUAUCGUUCAAGUAUGAAACAAUUGUUUUGCUGUCUGUAUACUUUACUGCUUGUCAUGGGCAGUCAAUUGGUAUGACACUUUCGCGUCUAGAUCAUAUGCACAACAAGUAGGCAGUCUUCUGCUAUCUAUUUGUGUUGCAUACACUGUAUGUAUAGUUGUGAUAACUUUGUUAUACAAAUAUAACCAUUUAGCCUAUCAA